AUGCAGCUCACCAAAGCGAUCCUGGCCUUAGCCCUUGUUGUGUCUCCCAUUCUUGCAGCUCCUACGGAGGUCGGCGAAGGAAGUGUAAAUACGAACGUGGAGGCGCGGGCUGUCGACACCGUCUCCUGCACGCCGGACCAAAACCAGAGCGGUGUUAAAUUUGAGGUGGAUGUUAAAGCGGCCAAAGCACUGGCUCAAAAGAUUGGGUGGACGACCGACUCUACUAAGAGCGAUUACCCCCAUCCGUUUGGAGACAAGGAAAAGCUCUGGGCGCAUAUUCCUCUGGAGGCGAACAAGUGUAACAGCAAGACGCGUAUGCUUGAGUACCCAGUCUAUUGGACAAAGUCGAAGGUCAAGGAGUGGGAUCCCUCAAAGAAGAAGAAGGAGCAGCAGAAGACUCCUAUCCGAAUUGUCUACAGCAACUUGAAUGGUGCUCUUCAUUACUGUGGAACCAUGAUCCAUAAAACGGUGGCGAAGGACUUUGGUGGUUCUGGUGACUUCAAACUCUGCCAGUAG